AUGGACAUUUCCAACAAAGUUGCCCUGAACUCCUCCUUCUCCUGCAAUCCGCUUGAGGGAGGAGUCGAGGCCAAGACGACGGGCUCACAACAGGCAACCGAACAACGCCCGAUGCGUAGGCGGCGUCUCUCAUCCUUCAGUCGACCCAGGCGAAAGUCGAUUGUGAAUCAGAUCAUAGACAGCGAAGAGAGCCUGCUUCUGAAGCUGGAUGCGUUCCUGGGCGAGCUCGAACAGCGAUUCGAAAAGUUCGAAACCUACGGCGAGUUGACACUCGAUUCCAGCAUUGCUCGGGCAUACCUGACGCUACAGAGCGUGCGGACACGAUGCUCACACGUGUCGGAAGAGGUGAUCGGGGCCGGCCGGCGAAGGCUGCAGAUCAUGGUUGAGACGCUGGAGACACGAUACCAGGAGGCCCUGGCGGCGGCCGAGUCGCUCAACGACAAGGCGCGGGUCAGCAUCGAGCUGCUGGACGACAUGCUAGCAGAUUUUGAGACGUACGCAAACAAGCUGCGCGAGCGGAGCAUGGCCAACGCAGCCGACGCAGCCGGCAUGUUGAUGGACGAGAGCCGGCGCGUAGUCGACGGUGGGAUCGGGCGAGCGCGCGAGGUGGUGGACGAGAGCCUCGAGCGGGCCAAAUGGGCAGCCGGUACGCUCGAGGAGCACAUCCAGCACGCGAUUACGAACGCACGACAGCACGGGCUGCUGCACUACGAAGAGCUGCCGACGCCAUGGCGCAUCAACCCACACAUCCUGCGCGGUUACCGGUUCAGCGAGACCAAGGUGGCCUGCUUCCGGUCCAUGUUUCGCGUGUCCAACGAGCUGGUCAACAUCUGGUCGCACGGUCUCGGCGUGCUCGUCGUCCUGGCCAUCGCCUUCUACCUGUACCCGACCAGCGUGACGUUCCACCUUAGCACCAAGACGGACGUCUUCAUCGCCGCGACCUUUUUCUUUGCCGCCUGCCAGUGCCUCGUCUGCAGCACGAUCUGGCACACGAUGAACUCCAUCGCCGACGCCGACCUGAUCUCGUCGUUGGCCUGCGUCGACUACACUGGCAUCAGCCUGCUCGUGGCCGCUUCCAUCAUGACCACCGAGUACACGGCCUUUUACUGCGACCCCGCCAGCCGCUGGAUCUACAUGGCCACCACUGCCUUCCUUGGCAUCGGCGGCGUCGCCCUGCCGUGGCACCCCUUCUUCAACCGCGCCGACAUGGCCUGGGCUCGCGUUGCCUUCUACGUUGGUCUGGCCGCCACCGGCUUCCUGCCCCUGCUGCAGAUCUCCAUGACGCGCGGCUUCUCCUUUGUCUGGGAGUUCUACCUGCCCAUUACCAAGUCGCUGCUGGUCUACCUGUCCGGUGCCUGUGUCUAUGCCAGCAAGGUGCCUGAGCGCUGGUGGCCCGGCAUGUUUGACUACAUUGGCGGCAGCCACAACCUCUGGCACGUGGCCGUCCUCGGCGGCAUCCUCUUCCACUAUACCGCCAUGCAGCAGUUUUUUUCCAACGCCUUCCGCCAGGCCCAAGACGGCUGCCCGUCGUACUAG